AUUGAAGAAAGUCCGUCUCUGAGACGUAUGACUAUGAUGAGGGAAAAGGGAAGGCGACAGGCCAUUAGAGGCCCAGCAUUCAUGUUCAACAACAGGGGCACCAGCCUUACCGCUGAAGAAGAGCGCUUUCUAGAUGCAGCAGAGUAUGGGAACAUACCUGUGGUGCGCAAAAUGCUGGAGGAGUCAAAAACACUGAAUGUCAACUGUGUUGACUACAUGGGCCAAAACGCCUUACAGCUUGCUGUAGGGAAUGAACAUUUGGAAGUGACAGAACUUCUGUUAAAAAAAGAGAACUUGGCACGGAUUGGUGAUGCCCUGCUGCUCGCAAUCAGCAAGGGCUACAUUAGGAUAGUGGAAGCAAUUUUGAAUCAUCCUGGGUUUUCAGUAAACAAGCGACUGACUUUGAGCCCUUGUGAGCAGGAGCUCCAGGAUGAUGAUUUUUAUUCCUAUGAUGAAGACGGUACCCGCUUUUCUCCAGAUAUCACUCCCAUAAUUUUAGCUGCUCACUGCCAAAAAUACGAAGUCGUGCACAUGCUAUUGAUGAAAGGAGCAAGAAUAGAAAGGCCUCAUGAUUAUUUCUGCAAAUGUAAUGACUGUACAGAGAAGCAAAAGCAUGAUUCUUUCAGUCACUCUAGGUCAAGAAUAAAUGCAUACAAAGGACUGGCUAGCCCGGCUUAUCUGUCCCUCUCCAGUGAAGAUCCAGUACUCACUGCUCUAGAACUCAGCAAUGAACUUGCCAAGUUGGCCAACAUUGAAAAAGAAUUCAAGAAUGACUAUCGCAAGCUGUCUAUGCAGUGCAAGGAUUUUGUGGUUGGUGUUCUUGAUCUCUGCCGAGACUCAGAAGAAGUGGAAGCCAUUCUGAACGGGGAUUUAAAUUCUGAGCCAGUUGAAGCACAGAGACACAGAGCAUCACUGAGCCGUGUGAAGCUGGCCAUUAAGUAUGAAGUCAAAAAGUUUGUGGCCCAUCCAAACUGUCAGCAACAGCUGCUGACAAUCUGGUAUGAAAAUCUCUCAGGAUUACGGGAGCAGACCAUAGCUAUCAAGUGUCUGGUUGUCCUGGUUGUGGCAUUGGGCCUUCCAUUUCUAGCCAUUGGUUAUUGGAUUGCACCAUGUAGCAGGCUUGGAAGAAUUCUUCGAAGCCCUUUUAUGAAAUUUGUGGCACAUGCAGCAUCCUUCAUUAUUUUCCUAGGCCUGCUGGUGUUCAAUGCUUCAGACAGAUUUGAGGGUAUAACAACGUUACCGAAUGUAACUGUUACUGAUUACCCUAAGCAGAUCUUUAGGGUGAAGACUACCCAGUUCACCUGGACAGAAAUGCUGAUCAUGGUAUGGGUACUUGGCAUGAUGUGGUCAGAAUGCAAAGAGCUGUGGCUGGAAGGACCCAGGGAAUAUAUUUUGCAGUUAUGGAAUGUUUUGGAUUUUGGGAUGCUGUCCAUUUUCAUUGCCGCUUUCACAGCAAGGCUUCAAACCACAAAAGCACAGCAAUAUGUGGACAAUUACAUUGAGGAGAGUGACCUCUCUGAGGUCACACUUCCUCCAGAAAUAGAAUAUUUUACUUAUGCUAGAGAUAAAUGGCUCCCAUCUGAUCCUCAGAUAAUAUCUGAAGGCCUUUAUGCAAUUGCUGUCGUUCUUAGCUUUUCUCGGAUUGCAUAUAUCCUGCCUGCAAAUGAGAGUUUUGGGCCCUUGCAGAUUUCACUUGGAAGGACUGUUAAGGACAUCUUCAAGUUUAUGGUCCUUUUUAUUAUGGUAUUUCUUGCAUUUAUGAUUGGAAUGUUCAUACUGUAUUCCUACUACCUGGGAGCCAAACUAAACCCAGCUUUUACAACAGUUGAAGAGAGUUUUAAGACCUUAUUUUGGUCAAUAUUUGGCUUGUCUGAAGUAACCUCUGUAGUCCUCAAAUAUGAUCAUAAGUUCAUAGAGAACAUUGGUUAUGUUCUUUAUGGCAUAUACAAUGUAACGAUGGUGGUAGUUUUGCUCAAUAUGCUGAUUGCUAUGAUCAACAGUUCAUAUCAAGAAAUUGAGGAUGACAGUGAUGUAGAGUGGAAGUUCGCUCGUUCUAAACUUUGGUUAUCGUAUUUUGAUGAUGGAAAAACAUUACCUCCACCAUUCAGUCUUGUACCAAGCCCCAAAUCUUUUGUCUAUUUCAUCAUGAGGAUCAUUAACUUUUCUAAGUGCAGGAGGAGACGGCUACAGAAGGACAUUGAAAUGGGAAUGGGCAACUCCAAAUCCAGGUUAAACCUUUUCACUCAGUCAAACUCCAGAGUUUUUGAGUCACACAGUUUUAACAGCAUUCUCAGUCAGCCAACACGCUAUCAGCAAAUAAUGAAAAGACUGAUAAAACGUUAUGUUCUGAAAGCACAAGUGGACAAAGAAAAUGAUGAAGUAAAUGAAGGUGAAUUAAAGGAAAUCAAACAGGAUAUCUCCAGUCUUCGCUAUGAACUUUUGGAGGAUAAAUCCCAAGCAACAGAAGAGUUAGCGAUUUUAAUACAUAAACUCAGUGAGAAACUAAAUCCUAAUAUGCUGAGAUGUGAGUGACUCAGCAAAGGAACCGAACCGUGGCUCUGACUACAGCACAACUAUUUAUUGGCAAUAAUAUUUCAGUAUCUUAUACUUGAAAAAUAUGUUGUAGAUUUUUAGCACUAAAUAACUUUAUGUACAGCUUCUCUGGAAUUUAGUCUUAGGAAAUUUUAUUAACUCACCACAAAAAGAUAGCUCUCUUAAUUUUAAUUGUCUAAAAGCAAGAACUAUCUUUUUCUUGCAUUUAUGCAUUAAAAGAUAUAAUGGUAUGAACUGCUAAUAUUUUAACAGGUUUAUGGAUACAUAUUGAGAAUUCUUUGCACUAAAUUUGCAAGAAAAAACAAACUGAUGCAGUGUAGUACUCUGUUCAUUGCAGCAACUGGGUAUGAAUAGGAUUUUUCAUAAUACAGUAAAUCAACUAGA